AUGGUUGAUUACAAGUGGGAUUUGGGGAUGUAUUUUUCUCAGAAGGAAGAUUUGUUGGAUGCCAUAAAAGCCUAUGCAAUACAAAAUGGUAGAAAUAUAAGAUACGUAAAAAAUGAUAAGAAAAGAGUUAGGGCGAAAUGUAUGGGAUCUAAAGGAAAGUGCCCCUGGUUGGCAUAUUGUGGUUAUAUGGAUGCAAUAAAAACAUGGCAAUUAAGGAUUGUUGUUGACAACCACACUUGUAGUAGAGAGCAUAAGGUAAAAUUACUCAAUUCGAAAUGUCUCAGUAAGAGGUUGGAGAAAACUGUUAGAGAAAAUCCCAGAGUUGAGGGAGUGGACAUUGUUCAGAAGAUAAAUAGAAAGUGGAAUGUAGGUGUAUCUCAAUCCAUGGCUUAUAGGGCUAAAGCCAUUGCUUCAGACCAUGUUGAUGGGUCUUUCAAAGAGCAAUAUAAAAGGAUCUUUGAUUAUGCAAAUGAGGUCCUAACUCGUAAUCCUGGAAGCACAGUUCAAGUUAAAGUUGAACUAAAUGAGGAUGGACCUAUAUUCAGGAGGUUGUAUGUUUGUCUGAAAGCCUGCAAGGACAAUUUCGUGUCUUGCAGGCCUAUUAUAGGGCUAGAUGGUGCAUUUUUGAAAGGUAUAUAUGGUGGGGAAAUGUUGAUUGCUGUUGGAAGAGACGCAAACGACCAAAUGCUACCUAUUGCAUAUGCCAUUGUGGAAGUAGAGAACAAGGCCACUUGGAAAUGGUUUAUGGAACUUCUGGUUGAUGAUCUUGGUGGGCCGACAAUAUGUGCAUCAUGUACAUUCAUAUCAGAUCAACAAAAGGGCCUAUUACAAGCUAUUCAAGAAGUGCUUCCACGAGUUGAUCAGCGAUUUUGCGUUAGACACUUAUACACCAAUUUCAGAAAACAAUUCCCGGGAAAACAACUCAAGAGGUUGAUGUGGAAGGCAGCUACAACAACUCAUCCCAAACAUGGGAAAAGGAAAUGA